UUGGUGUAACGGAUCAGAUGCAUGGUUAUCCAGAAACCGGACCGUGACAGACAUGCUUGGAACUCCAGUGGUAUAGGGGCAUGUAAAAGCGGUUCACGUUCACGUUUACGAGCUCUGAGCCAGCACUUGUAAUGUGCCGUGGAGUUAUUAAUGACAUAAGGAACACCGUUAUCGCUGGUGUUAUUAUCGCCACUUCGUGCUGCCGCCCAAUUACAUAGCAGACCCGGAUUUCAAUUUAUAAAUAGUUUUGUAUCUGCAGUUACCUUCUCAUGACACUGUCUCUUUACUAGUCGGUCACUACGCUGUUUGUAGAGCCGGUAAUCAAAGUUAAGCCUUAGGUGUAUCACAGCGCUUAACUGUAAGUGACCUCCAACCGUGCGGAUAUAUUUCAACAUGGCUUACCGCAUUUCCAACCAAUUUCAUUUUAAGGACGGAUAUCUGUUCUGUGAAGACGUACGUGUGACGGACCUGGCGGCGAAUGUGGAGAGAUGUGGCGUAACGCCGCCGUCGCCUCUCUUUGUGUACAGCAAGAGUCAGCUGUUGGAGAACAUCCAGGCGUACAGAAAGGCUCUGGCGACUCUGUCGGUGCCCAGCGUGAUCAACUACUCGAUGAAAGCGAACGCCAACGUGUCGCUGCUGAAGCUGAUCCGCGGCCAGGGCUGCUGCACGACGCUGGUGAGCGGCCUCGAGCUCGAGUUCGGCAGGGUGGCCGGCUUCCACCCACAGCGCAUGAUGUUCAACGGCAAUGGCAAGACGCGCGCCGAUGUCGAGAAGGCCGUCAGGCUCGGCUGCCUCGUCAACGUGGACAGCGACUUCGACUGUCGCAAAAUCGACGCCGUCUGUCAGCAGCUGGGGACCAAGACCAGCGUCCUGCUGAGGGUCAACCCUGACGUCGACCCAAAAGUGCAUCCGUAUGUGAGUACGGGUUUGGCGGGGUCAAAGUUCGGAGUGUGCGUUGAUGACGUAGACCAGGUUGUGAAGAUGUUGUCGGAGUCGUCGUACCUUCACUUGGUAGGUCUCCACUGCCACGUGGGCUCCACCGUGCGGGACGUCAGCGUGUUCAGGUCGUGUCUUCAGACGCUCCUGGAUCUGAGGCGCUCCCUGCAGCAGCGAGGCUUCACCGACAUCCGCUACAUCAACCUGGGAGGAGGGCUCAUGAUCGACUACGAGACACACGCUGACCGAACUCAUCCCGCCAGGUUGGACACUGACGAGGAGCUGAAGGCGAUCCAUAGUCAAAUCGACUCACACGAUUCUCACGUGCAGUCUCAACUGAACUCCGUCUUCGACGACUACAAAGCUGAGAAAAUGGCGCGAUCACAGUUACUCCAGAGGUUAGCAAGUAUCACUCAGUCUACCUGGAAGUGGAAUCGGCAGCAGCAUACAUCACUCGAAAUACCAACACCAGCUGAUCUGAUUGGUUCAAUCCGGCCUCUACUGACGAAUGAAAAAGAUUUAACUUUGAUAGUGGAGCCUGGCAGGUCUUUGCUGGGCAAUACCGCGAUUCUAAUGACGUCAGUGCUUGGUUCCAAGAAAGCAGGACUAAAACGGAUCGUCUGCUACCCAAAGUUCAAGAAGGCUGCGGUCUGGCCGUGUUUGAUGUCGGAGCAUAUUGUUCCAACAUGACCUCCAAUUACAACUUGAGAGUUCGACCAUGUGAAGUGUUGGUUGAUGGCAACUCGUGGCAGCUGAUUCGAGAGCCGGACACCCUGGAUGACCUCCUGAAGCCAUACCGCGGUGUCCACUGUGGAAGAGCAUUCACCGUAUUUUCUAGCACAUGACCGACACGUUUUCUUCUUUCAGCCAGUGCACCACAACUAGUCAAAAGCUGUGGUAUGUGCUUUCCUGUCUUUGGUAAAGUACAUAUAAAAGAUCCCUUCCUGCAUCAGGAAAAAU